CCAGAAACAAAACGAUAAACACCUACAAACCUCCUGAUAAAAAUAAAUAUUUCCAUUUUGGUGUAUUGAUAAAUAUCGAUUAAUCGAAUGAAAUUUACUUUGUAAUUACUCGCAAUUAUCAAUUGUACUUUUAGCAAUCAGAUCACCGGAUUGAAAUUUUAAAAAGUCACCAUGGAUAAGAAAAAUGAAAAACGGGAAAUUCCUUCGGGGCUGAAGAAAAUUUUGGAUCUGGACGUCUACCUAACCAAUGCUUUUGUUAAAAAAGUUGAGAAUUUUAUGCCCAUGAAGCAGCUAAAGAUGCACUAUCGUGCUCUAGAGAUAAGUGCACAUACGAUUCCGUGGUUGGCGGGAUGGUUGGCGUUCAUAUGGAUAAUAAACAGCAAAGAUUUGUAUCAAAUGCAAGUAAACUUGUUCAUAGGCCUCUUGAUAGACAUAGUCAACGUAGCUGUUAUAAAAGCCGCUACAAGAAGACGAAGGCCAUCAAAAAAUGAUGAUCCGUUUGAAAUGGGUCCAGAUAAGUACUCAUUUCUAUCAGGCCACGCUUCGAGAGUAGCAUUUUUAACAUAUUUCUUCAUCUACUUGUGGCCGGUUCCCAUUAUGUUCGUACCCUCGCUGCUGGCUUGGUCUACUGCAGUCUGUCUCUCACGGGUUCUGUUAAAAAGACACUACAUUUUGGAUGUUCUCGGUGGUGUGUGUCUUGGAAUUUUCCAAGGAAUUUUCCUUAGUUUGAUUUACUUAGAGCGAGAUACUUGUAUCAGCUUAAUUUCUUGGCUAACCGAUGAAAAACUAGAAGGAGGUGAAUUCCAUGUUUAAUACUCUGUGAUUGGACGCAUCAAGAUGAAGUAUAUUUUUAAAUAAGGUAAAUUCAAGUCAAUCAGAAGUAUUUUAUACAUUGAAUACUAAAAUAUAAAACUUAAUAAGUUGUAUCUCCAUACAGAAUACCAAAUAUUCUCAUAUUAAAAAUAUGUUUAAUUAUAUUUUUAAACUAAAUUAAAAGAGAAGACUUAACAUUUUUGUCA